GGCACACUUAAUAGAAACCAAACAAGAGGAAGAAAGCAUAGGUGACGGUACUUCUACUCCCACACGCCGUCCAAGUCGCAAGCCUAGUACCAGUAGUAAUAGGCCGAAAUCUAGGAAACCAAGUGCGAUUUCUUCAUCCCCGAAUGGUGGAGAAAGAGCAUCUGAGGAAGAAUCGGAGUUGUCGGACAUCGAGAUCAGACAGGUGACCACAAAACCACAUGGGGAUUCUCACUCCUAUUUGAACCAGCAAUUGACUGUUAAAAAAUUAUCACAGGAAAUCGUUGUCAAUGCGCGACAUCGAACAUUAUCAAAUAAUACCGACCUAGGGGAAGUAAUCACCCAACGCGGUUUACCGAGAGAGAAUCUCAUUAGCCUCGAUACGCUCCAUAACUAUAUUCUUCGGUUGAGAAAGGCACGAGAGUACUCCAAUACGCGAACAUUUGUUCAGUGCAUUGUGUUUUUCGAACUUAGUGUUUUUUUAUAUUGUGCAGUUGAAUGGAAUCUAAAGAUUGCCACCGUGCCUAUUCCAUCUUUUACCAAGGGAACAACAAAUGAUCAGUCCUCUUUCGACCUACAUGGACCCGAUAUCUUUGUUAUCAUCGAAUGGCAUCGCUUUUGGCGUCCAUUGAUAGCAUUUCUUAUCUAUCUACUUGCCAUACCACUCGGUUUCUCAUAUAUGUUCAAUCUUGAUCAACAACGUCACAUGUUUAGUCCCCUAGCGUUUUCUGUUGCACAGUGUGGAAUUUUCCUUGUCACCGUUGGUCAUUUUGAUUGGGUCGAAGACGUUCGUGAUUUCAUCCCUGAAAAUUUGAUUUACGUCGGUUCCGGUGCCGGCAUAAUUUUCUCACUUUAUGAGAGUAUUUUGACGAAUUAA